CAAGCGUGCAGGCAGAUGGCGAAGUCGGCGACGCACGUAGCAAUUGUGCGCCUCUUCUCCACGGCAGCCAGAGCUGCCACCAAUAAUGCGCCCGCGGCCAAACAAUUGUCCUUCAUAAUCAUUCCUCUAAAGGAUGCGGCCGCGGGCGCAUGGUGGAACAACGGCAGCAUCAUUUACCCCGUUCAGAGGGUACGCAGUGGUAGCACCCUGGCUCUCGGCCGUCAGGAGAAGCAGCAAGAGGAGGCUGAUCAUAGCAACUCCGCCGUUUCGGUUGCCGGACACGGUGGUGGUAAUAAGGACGAUGAGUAGAAGGCCAUCACCAGCUACUGGGGGGUAGGACCGAACAAGAUUACCAAGCAAGAUGGUACUGAAUGGAAAUGGAAUUGCUUCAGACCAUGGGAGACGUACAAGGCCGACACCACGAUAGAUCUCCAGAAGCAUCACGUGCCUACAACUUUGAUCGACAAAAUGGCGUACUGGACGGUCAAGUCUCUCCGCUGGCCUACCGACCUAUUCUUCCAGAGGCGAUAUGCGUGCAGGGCAAUGAUGCUGUAGACAGUGGCAGCAGUGCCUGGAAUGGUAGGAGGGAUGCUGCUGCACUGCAAAUUGCUUAGGCGAUUUGAGCACAGUGGCGGAUGGAUCAAAGCUCUUCUAGAAGAAGCCGAGAACGAGCGUAUGCACCUCAUGACCUUCAUGGAAGUCGCCAAGCCCUGGUGGUAUGAGCGCGCGCUUGUAUUUGCCGUUCAAGGUGUUUUCUUCAAUGCGUACUUCUUGGGAUAUAUGAUUUCACCCAAGUUUGCUCAUAGAAUGGUUGGAUAUCUUGAGGAGGAAGCAAUUCACUCAUAUACCGAGUUCCUCAAGGAAUUAGACAAAGGUAACAUUGAGAAUGUUCCAGCUCCAGCUAUUGCUAUUGAUUAUUGGCAGCUACCUUCCAAUUCCACCUUGAGAGAUGUUGUUACAGUUGUUAGGGCAGACGAGGCUCACCACCGAGAUGUCAAUCACUUCGCUUCGGACAUACAUUAUAAUGGACGUGAACUGAAGGAAUCUCCAGCUCCAAUUGGUUACCAUUGAAAUCCAUGAACUCACCUUGUAUUAAGACGAGCAAGAAGUCUGAUAGUAAA